UCUGCGCUGCGCGUACACACGAAGAGAUCUCACGAAUGGGCAAGAUACGAGCAUCGAAACGGAUGAUAGUAUCCGGGGAUAAAAUCGAAGGAAAAACGUGAAAAUGUGAAUGGAGUAAGAGUAUUAAAGGAUAUCUUCAUAGACGAACAUCAAACGAAACGGCAGCACAACCAGUUAAAGGGAAUUCAAGGGGGAGAAAAAAUACGAUUUAACAUUCCUAAAACAAUAACGUGGCUUUAAAGGAAAAGACCAGGAAUGGGGGAUUUGAUACUUCGCCAAGGCAGCACAGGAUAAGAGACCUGGCAGGACCGGACCGUGAACGAAGACGAGACCUCGUCCCGAUUGAGAUUUUUGGCCCAGUUUUGUGAACCCCACCCCACCCCCUCACCUCCCCCUUAACAACAGCCAAUGACAGGAUUAGUAAAGCCCUGACUCCAUGACUGAGAGCCUACAGCAUUAGCAGAGGGGGCCCUCGUGUGUGUGCUGGUGUCUUACAGCGGCAGUCAUUCGUACGGACCAUGUGGUUUGCACCGAGGGGAAACCAUCUUCUUGCACACCUCCGGGACUGUAGCGGAGCCAGGACGAGCACUAGCUGCGGCGCCGCCCUGUGGAUAGCGAGUUUCUGCUGGUGCCUCACUGUGGUCGGAGGCCAGAACUUCCACCCUACAGUGAACACACAAUAUGGGAAGCUUAGGGGUGUGAGGGUCCCACUCCCUAGUGAGAUCCUGGGACCAGUCGACCAAUACCUGGGAGUCCCGUACGCCGCCUCUCCAGUGGGUGAGAAGCGCUUCAUGCCACCUGAGCCGCCCUCCUCCUGGUCAGGGAUCAAGAAUGCCACCCACUUUGCACCCGUCUGCCCUCAGAAUAUUCAUAAUGCCGUGCCAGAAAUAAUGAUGCCCAUAUGGUUCACCUUCAACCUGGAUAUAGUUGCCACGUACAUACAGGAUCAGAAUGAGGAUUGCUUAUAUUUAAACAUCUAUGUUCCAACUGAGGAUGUCAAAAGAAUAUCCAAGGAAUGUGCCAGAAAACCCAACAAGAAAAUAUGUAGAAAAGGAGGGGCCCAUGCCAAAAAACAGGGCGAGGAUUUGUCUGAUAACGAUGGUGAUGAAGAUGAAGACAUCCGAGACACCGGCGCCAAGCCCGUGAUGGUCUAUAUCCAUGGGGGGUCCUACAUGGAGGGGACGGGGAACGUGAUCGACGGCAGCGUGCUGGCCAGCUACGGGAACGUCAUCGUCAUCACCCUCAACUACAGGGUCGGCGUGCUCGGAUUCCUCAGUACAGGUGACCAGGCAGCUAAAGGAAACUACGGCCUCCUGGACCAAAUCCAGGCCCUGCGUUGGAUCAGCGAGAAUGUGGGAUACUUUGGUGGAGAUUCCAAUCGCAUCACAGUUUUCGGAUCAGGAAUCGGGGCCUCCUGCGUCAGUUUGCUUACCCUAUCCCAUCACUCUGAAGGCCUUUUUCACCGAGCCAUUAUCCAGAGCGGCUCAGCGCUGUCCAGCUGGGCCGUCAACUACCAGCCCGUCAAAUACACUCGCAUGCUGGCGGAGAAGGUGGGCUGCAACGUGCUGGACACCCUGGACAUGGUGGACUGCCUGCGCAAGAAGAACGCCCGCGAGCUGGUGGAGCAGGACAUCCAGCCCGCGCGCUACCACGUGGCGUUCGGCCCGGUCAUCGACGGAGACGUGAUCCCCGACGACCCGGAGAUCCUGAUGGAGCAGGGCGAGUUCCUCAACUACGACAUAAUGCUGGGCGUCAACCAGGGCGAGGGCCUGCGCUUCGUGGAGAACGUGGUGGACUCGGAGGACGGCGUCUCCGGGAACGACUUCGACUUCUCCGUCUCGGACUUCGUGGACAGCCUCUACGGCUACCCGGAGGGCAAGGACACCUUGCGCGAGACCAUCAAGUUCAUGUACACCGACUGGGCCGACCGCGACAACCCCGAGACCCGCCGCAAGACCCUGGUGGCCCUCUUCACCGACCACCAGUGGGUGGAGCCGGCCGUGGUGACGGCCGACCUGCACGCCCGCUACGGCUCCCCCACCUACUUCUACGCCUUCUACCACCACUGCCAGAGCCUGAUGAAGCCCGCCUGGUCGGACGCCGCCCACGGGGACGAGGUGCCGUACGUCUUCGGCAUCCCCAUGAUCGGCCCCACCGACCUGUUCCCCUGCAACUUCUCCAAGAACGACGUCAUGCUCAGCGCCGUGGUCAUGACGUACUGGACCAACUUCGCCAAGACCGGGGAUCCAAACAAGCCAGUGCCCCAGGACACCAAGUUCAUCCACACCAAGGCUAAUCGUUUCGAAGAGGUGGCCUGGUCCAAGUAUAACCCCCAGGACCAGCUGUACCUGCAUAUUGGGCUCAAGCCUCGUGUCCGAGACCACUACCGGGCCACCAAAGUGGCCUUCUGGAAGCACCUGGUGCCGCACCUCUACAACCUUCAUGACAUGUUCCACUACACCUCCACCACCACCAAAGUGCCCCCGCCGGAGACUACCCAGAAUUCCCUGUCCACCAAGAGGCCCAAUGGCAAGAACUGGCCCUUCAACACCAAGCGGCCGCCCAUGUCGCCGGCCUACAACAGCGAGAACGGCAAGGAGCCGUGGAAUGGGGACGAAGAGACGGGCCCCCUGGUGGUGGAGAACCCGCGCGACUACUCCACCGAGCUGAGCGUCACCAUCGCCGUGGGCGCCUCCCUGCUCUUCCUCAACGUCCUGGCCUUCGCCGCCCUCUACUACCGCAAAGACAAGCGCCGGCAAGACUCGCACCGCCAGCCCAGCCCCCAGCGCCAGACCACCGCCAACGACGUGGGCCACGCCCCCGAGGAGGAGAUCAUGUCCCUGCAGAUGAACCAAACCCACCACGACUGCGAGGGCGGGGCCCCACACGACCCCCUGCGUCUGGCCUCCCUGCCGGACUACACCCUGACCCUGCGCCGCUCCCCCGACGACAUCCCGCUCAUGACCCCCAACACCAUCACCAUGAUCCCCAACUCCCUGGUGGGCGUGCCCAACCUCCACCCCUACAACACCUUCACCGCGGGGUUCAACUCCACAGGCCUGCCACAGUCACACUCCACUACCCGAGUAUAGCUUUAAGGAGAGAGAGGGGUGGAAGGCAGGAGUCUCUUUUUAUAAAUAUAUUAUGGGUCCG